GGCCGUGGCUCAGGCACUAAUUAUCACUGAGGCUAGGUUAGCACGGUGCAAGGUGCUAUCAAUUUUUGGCGGGGUGUCACCCCACGUACAUCCAGAAAGAUUUCGAAAACUGUGUGACUCCCUCCACCUUUUAUCACAACAACCCAGUAGCAUUGCCGCAACCGCAAGUCUUGCACCAUCGUAGCUUCGGCGCCACCUACGGCAAAUUCGCCCUCAUUCCAAAGAUCCCGUCGUAUGCGAUAUACUGCCCUGUGCCUGCCUUUACGAUCUAUUUACAACUGAACACCGCCGGCCACAUUCGGCCACCAUCUUCAAUCCUCAUCCCACAGCACGCCCCCUCAAAUCGCCCAACAUGUCGUUGACAAACUGCCGGUUCUAUGAGGAGCCGUAUCCGGAGAUUGACAGCUUCGUUAUGGUCAACGUGAAGCAGAUCGCCGAUAUGGGUGCCUACGUCAAACUUCUCGAAUACGAUAACAUCGAUGGCAUGAUCUUGUUGUCCGAACUUUCGCGACGUCGAAUUCGUAGUAUCCAAAAACUGAUUCGUGUUGGCCGCAAUGAGGUUGUCGUUGUACUCAGAGUCGACAAGGAAAAAGGAUAUAUCGAUCUUUCAAAGCGUCGAGUUGGCCCCGAAGACAUCGUCAAGUGUGAGGAAAGAUACAAUAAGAGUAAGAUGGUUCACUCCAUCAUGCGACACGUCGCCGAAAAAACCCAAACACCCAUCCAGUCCCUCUAUGAGAGUAUAGCAUGGCCGUUAAUGAAAAAGUACGGACACACCAUUGAUGCUUUCAAAUUCUCCAUAACAAACCCCGACGUAUGGACCGAGAUUACGUUUCCCAGCGAUGCUGUCGCCGAGGAGCUCAAAUCGUAUAUUGGAAAGCGAUUAACUCCCCAGCCCACCAAAGUGCGAGCGGAUAUCGAGGUCACUUGCUUCGAGUAUGAGGGAAUCGACGCCGUCAAGACUGCUUUGCGGACAGCUGAGGCGCGCAACACUGAAGAUAACCAAGUGAAAGUGCGGCUUGUAUCACCGCCAUUGUAUGUCUUAACGAGUAUGUGUCUCGACAAGAACGUUGGUAUCACCCGACUGGAAGAGGCUAUUGUGGAAAUUCGUAACAGCAUCACAAGCGCUGGUGGUCAGCUUGUUGUCAAGAUGGAGCCCAAAGCCGUCACGGAUUCGGAUGAUGCAGAGUUGCAGGCUCUGAUGGAAAAGCGUGAGCGCGAAAAUGCAGAGGUCAGCGGAGACGAGAGCGUCAGCGAGAGCGACGACAACAUCCCCGAGACCGUGUAAACUGAAUGAAGUUAUGACUGGUCUCUCGCGUUUGGUACGGCUCAUUAGAGGUCUGAGGAGUAUCUAGGUCGUGGCAUCUAGGUUGAUCAUUCGGAAAUUAAAAGUUUCUAGCAUGCAAAUGGCAUUCAUCAGGGCAUGGGAGGGGUUUGAUUCCAUAAGAUUUCAGUCAUGUAUGUCGCAUCGAACAGGGGCGAGCGGCUCUGCGGGCACCCUGGGACCAGUAGUGCGUUGUCCUCUCGAUAGUAAUGAACCGAUUUACCUGACACUCUUAUUCGACUGUGAACCAAAUAUGAUCCUUUGCGCAAUCUAUCGGUAUAUCUCUUGGUUAUAUCCAUGUGGUCGAAACAAGUUGGUUCGGUAGUAAAUACUGUUUUAGCGCAUACAAAUGACAACGUUAGCAUGGUAGAUUUGGAUGUGGGGC